GGCAAUCUGAGUCUGUCCACAACAUCAAGCCUGACAUGAACAUGAUGUCUUACCUGAAACAGACACCUUACACGGUAAACGGACUGAGUCUGACGACCUCUGGAAUGGACCUGCUGCAUCCGUCCAUGGGUUAUCAAGCGACUCCCCGUAAACAGAGGCGAGAGCGGACUACCUUCACUCGAGCUCAGCUGGAGAUACUGGAGACUGUGUUCACCAAGACGCACUAUCCGGACAUAUUCAUGCGGGAAGAAGUGGCCUUAAAAAUCAACUUACCCGAGUCUAGAGUACAGGUUUGGUUCAAAAACCGAAGAGCAAAGUGCCGCCAACAGCAGCAACAAAACCAGAGCGGUGCGCAGUCCAAGACCAAACCCGUGAAGAAGAAGAGUUCUCCGGUCAGAGAGGAAACGUCUGAGAGCAACACCAGUGGCCCGUUUACAAGCCCGUCCAGCACCUCCUUACCGCCCAUGUCCACUAGCACAACCGUACCGGUGUCCAUCUGGAGUCCGGCAUCCAUCUCUCCCGUCUCAGACCCCCUUUCUACAUCCUCAUCUUCAUGCAUGCAGAGGUCUUACCCCAUGACAUACACACAGGCGUCCGGAUACAACCAGGGAUACACGGGAACGACGUCUUAUUUCAGUGGAAUGGACUGUGGCUCAUAUCUUGGCUCAAUGCAUCACCAUCAGCUGAGUCCGUUGCAGGGUUACGGGCCCACAGGCCUCGGGUUCAACACGCCCUCGGACUGCUUGGAUUACAAAGAGCAAAGUGCUUCAUGGAAGCUCAACUUCAACUCCGACUGUUUGGAUUACAAAGAUCAGACGUCGUCUUGGAAAUUUCAGGUUUUGUAAAAUGCACAGAGGCAAGAAAAUACGACCCAAUGCAAUGGGGAAUAUCUUCUGCCUGUUAGAAAGAAAUCCAGGUUAUUUGAAUCUAUGCAUAUAGGAAGCAGAAUAAUUUGUACAUCAUUUGUGAUUUCAUCUGGACUAAAUUAUUACUAUUUUAAUUAAAAAGAAGGACCACAAAGCAACCAAGAAAAAAACAGCCGAUAUUUAGUCAAGCGUGCACAAUUGGCCAGAUUUCGUUAAGCCUCUUAAGUUGUCUUUGACGAGAGCUUUGAUCAAGGCAGAAUUGUUCAAAUGCACUACUGUAUUUUUUUUUAAAUAAUUCGUAGUUUUUGUUCUGUAUAAGAGACAAUCAGUUUGUGUGUUUCCAUGUUUUCCCUUUAUAAAAAAAAAAAAAAAAAAAAAAAAAAUCUGUUGUAGGUGUAUAAAAUGUACUGUGUCUUUCAUAUUAUUAUGUUCUGUUUGUAAACGAUAAAUUAUUACAUUUGUAUAGCCAGAUGGAUUUUUAAU